AUGGGAAGAAUUGUAGAACUUAAAAAAAGAAAUGAUGAAUUUGUAAGAGCAGCAAACGUGAAACUUUCGAAUGGCAAAAUCUUUCGAAGACCAGUCAAUCUCCUUUAUCCAUUGGAGGUUAACGAUGAAGACGUUUCGGAGGACAAAAUUGAAGUGGUGACCGGUGAACGUAUAGGUAAAGAACCACUUUUUAAGGAUUCUGUAAGUCAUGUUCAGCAACAAAUGCGAGUGCAAAAUAUAACAUCCAGGCAAGUAGUUACAACUGUAAGAAUCAAAAGAAGACAGUGGAAGGAAAUGCUGGCAGUUUCUGUGGACAUAUUGGCCAAUUCUCGCCCUGUCUUGGCUGCGAUCAUCUUUUCCUGUUUCUUCGCCGCGAGAAAUAUUCGUUAA